GUGGCGAGCACCGGUCCACGGGCCUCGAGCCCCCCCGGGCGGAGCGGUUGAGCUUCUCGCACUUCUUCUGCAACCCGGGCGAAGCACGGGCCGACGCGGAGCGGCUGCGCGCCAGCGGCCGCACGGUGGUGCUGUGCUCCGAGCGCGGCGGCCGCAUGGACACCUGCGGGCUCGUCGGGGCCCUGCUCUCGGACGUCUUCGGCUUCGCGGAGGGCCGCGUCACCAGGCUGGAGGGGGGCAUGGAGGCCUGGAGCCGCUGCAUGGCCACCAGGGGCGACGUCGCCCGCGCGGUGGAGCCCCUGUCGGUGAGGCUGGAGCGGCGCCGCAGGGCGACGAUGGAGCAGACAUCCACCAGCGCGUCGGCGGAGGGGCAGGCUGCCAGCUCCGGAUCGCCGCGCGCGGGCGCUGCCCGAGGCCAGGAGCAGAAUUCGUCCACCGCGGCGGCAGCGGGGCCGGCUGCCGAUGCGGGGGGCUCGUGCGCGGGCGCUGUGCGAGGCCACGGGCAGGGCUCGGUCUGCGCCGCGGCGGGGGGGCCGAUUGCCGGUCCCGGAGCGCCGUGCGCGGGCGACGCGCAGGGCUGGGAGGAGACCUCGUCUUCCGCGGCGGCGGAGGGGCAGGCCGCCGGUCCUGCAGGGCUGCGUGCGGGCGGCGUGCCAGGCCAGGAGCCGAAGCUGCCCUCCGCGGCAGCAGGCGGGCCGGGAGGACCCGGCGCGGGCGACGUGCGGGGCCAGGGGCAGGACUCGCAGCGAGCUGCAGCGGAGGCGCCGGCUGCCAGCUCGGGAGGGCUGCGCGGGGGCGGCGCGGGAGGCGAGGAGCAGCAGCGGCCCCUCGCGGAGGCAGAGGAGCGGGCGGCCAGCUCCGCGCGGCCGUGCGCGGGGGGUCCACGGGGGCCGGGAGCAGAGUCCUCGGCCCGCACGGCACGCCCGGGAGGGUGCGCGGAUGGCAGGAGCUCAGGCCAGGGCGGCGCCCCGGCGGGUGUAGGGGACACACCUUCCGGAGGCGUCGCGUGCAAGUUUGCAGGGGGCCGCGCGGGCGGCGCCUGAAAAAGGGGGCGGCGCCUGGCGGAUGCAGGGGCUUGGCAUCGCCACUCGGACGUGUGCAUUCUUCC